CUGUCACACAGGGACAUCACCCUACAGCAGUUCAGGCUGUGGUUUGCAGGAAGCAUACAUUGGCUUUUCGAUUCGUGCUAGUUCCCAGCUCAGUUUGGGAGGAUCGCCAGCCUUCACGUGAAGGGGGAGUCAAGGACGGCGAGGAGCUUGGUGGUCCCAGCCCCGGAGCCCGGCCUGCCCGCCUGACAUGGAAAUGGAGGCCAACGACCAUUUUAACUUUACUGGCCUUCCCCCUGCACCUGCUGCCUCAGGACUGAAACCCUCCCCCUCCUCAGGGGAGGGCCUCUACACUAACGGGUCUCCCAUGAACUUCCCCCAGCAAGGGAAAAGUUUGAAUGGGGAUGUGAAUGUUAAUGGCUUAUCUACUGUAUCUCACACUACUACUUCAGGGAUUUUGAACUCUGCUCCCCACUCCUCCAGCACCUCACACCUCCAUCAACCCCACGUGGCCUACGACUGUCUCUGGAAUUACUCACAAUACCCACCCGCCAAUCCUGGCAGCAACCUCAAGGACCCACCCCUUCUCUCCCAGUUCUCGGGGGGACAAUACCCACUCAAUGGCAUCCUUGGAGGCAGCCGACAACCUUCAUCCCCAAGUCACAACACUAACCUUCGGGCUGGGAGCCAAGAGUUCUGGGCCAACGGUACCCAGAGUCCCAUGGGGCUUAACUUCGACUCACAGGAACUGUAUGAUUCCUUUCCUGACCAGAAUUUUGAGGUGAUGCCCAAUGGACCCCCUAGUUUUUUCACCUCCCCACAGACUUCUCCCAUGUUGGGCUCCAGCAUCCAGACUUUUGCACCCUCCCAGGAGGUAGGCAGUGGUAUUCAUCCUGAUGAGGCAGAAAAGGAGCUGACUUCAGUUGUGGCAGAGAAUGGCACUGGCUUGGUAGGCAGCCUGGAGCUGGAAGAAGAGCAGCCAGAAUUGAAGAUGUGUGGCUACAAUGGCUCCAUCCCUUCUGUGGAGUCAUUACACCAAGAAGUCUCGGUCUUGGUCCCUGACCCCACAGUGAGCUGCUUAGAUGACCCUUCACAUCUUCCUGAUCAACUGGAAGACACUCCAAUCCUCAGUGAAGUCUCUCUGGAGCCCUUUAACACCCUGGCACCAGAGCCAGUAAGUGGAGGACUCUAUGGUAUAGAUGAUACGGAACUGAUGGAUGCAGAGGACAAGCUGCCUCUUGAGGACAGCCCUGUGAUCUCUGCCCUUGAUUGUCCUUCCCUCAAUAAUGCCACUCACUUCAGUCUUCUGGCAGAUGACAGUCAAACUUCAGCCUCUAUUUUUGCCAGCCCCACCUCUCCACCCGUCCUUGGGGAGUCUGUCCUACAAGAUAACGGCUUUGACCUGAAUAACGGUAGUGAUGCAGAACAAGAAAUGGAGACUCAGGUGGCUUCAGACUUCCCACCACCUCUGACCCAGCCAGCCCCUGACCAUUCAUCCACUAUUCAGCUACAUCCAACAACCUCACCAGCAGUCUCACCAACAGCCUCCCCAGCAAUCUCCCUGGCAGUUUGUCCAACAGCCUCCCCAGAUAUCUCUCCAGAAGUCUCCCCAGCAGCCUCCCCGGAAAUCUCCCCUGCAGCCUUCCCAACAGUCUCUCCAGCUUCCUCACCAGCCUUCCCACCAAUCUCCUCAGAAGUUUCCUUGCCGGCCUCACCAGUGACCCCCCCAAAAGCAUCCACCGAAGCUUCCCCUGCAGCUGUCUUCCCAACAGCCUCCCCAGCAAAUAAGGAUGUCAGCAGCUUCCCUGAAACCACCGCUGACUUGGAAGAGGUCACUGGAGAAGGAGUCCCUACUUCUGGUGGUGGUGAUGUUCUAAGGAGACGAAUUGCUACCCCAGAAGAAGUUCGUCUUCCCCUCCAGCAUGGGUGGCGGAGAGAGGUGCGAAUCAAGAAGGGCAGCCACAGAUGGCAGGGGGAGACCUGGUAUUAUGGCCCCUGUGGGAAGAGGAUGAAACAGUUCCCGGAAGUGAUCAAGUACCUGAACCGCAACGUGGUACACAGUGUCCGCCGUGAGCACUUCAGCUUCAGUCCCCGUAUGCCUGUUGGAGAUUUCUUUGAAGAGAGAGACACACCGGAGGGCUUGCGGUGGAUACAACUGUCAGCAGAGGAGAUCCCAUCUAGGAUUCAGGCAAUUACUGGGAAACGGGGUCGACCUCGAAACACUGAGAAUGCCAAGACCAAGGAAGUUCCCAAGGUGAAACGGGGCCGAGGUCGGCCACCCAAGGUCAAAAUCACUGAGCUAUUGAAUAAGACAGACAACCGCCCCACAAAGAAACUGGAGGCCCAAGAAACACUGAAUGAGGACGAUAAAGCAAAGAUGAAUAAAAUCAAGAAGAAGAUGAAGCAGAAGGUACAACGUGGAGAGUGUCAGACUACUACCCAAGGGCAGGCCAGAAACAAGCGGAAACAAGAGACCAAGAGCUUAAAGCAGAAGGAAGCUAAGAAGAAAUCCAAGGCUGAGAAGGUAAAGACAAAGCAGGAAAAACUGAAAGAAAAGGUUAAGAGGGAGAAGAAGGAGAAGGUCAAAACGAAGGAAAAGGAGGAGCUGGCCAAAGCCAAGCCAGCCUGUAAAGCAGAUAAAACACAGGUCACGCAGAGGUGCUUGGAGGAGCGGCAGAGGCAGCAGAUGAUCUUGGAGGAGAUGAAGAAGCCCACAGAGGAUAUGUGUCUGACUGACCACCAGCCUCUGCCUGACUUCUCACACAUCCCUGGUCUGAUCCUGCCUAGCGAGACCUUCUCAGACUGCCUGACCAUUGUGGAGUUUCUGCACAGCUUCGGCAAGGUGCUGGGCUUUGACCCUGCCAAGGAUGUACCUAGUUUAGGGGUCCUGCAAGAAGGACUCCUGUAUCAAGGCGACAGUGUGGGCGAGGUGCAAGAUCUGCUGGUGCGGCUCCUGAAGGCUGCACUCUAUGAUCCUGGCUUGCCCUCCCACUGUCAGUCCUUAAAGAUCUUGGGGGAAAAGCUGUCAGAGAUCCCACUGACGAGAGACAAUGUAUCUGAGAUCCUGCGCUGCUUCCUCAUGGCAUAUGGAGUGGAGCCAGUCCUCUGUGAGCGCCUACGCACCCAGCCAUUUCAGGCCCAGCCACCCCAACAGAAAGCUGCUGUCCUGGCCUUCCUUGUACAUGAGCUCAAUGGCUCCACCCUCAUCAUCAAUGAGAUUGACAAGACUCUGGAGAGUAUGUCCAACUACAGGAAAAACAAGUGGAUUGUUGAAGGCCGACUCCGGAGACUGAAAACUGCUCUGGCCAAGCGAACUGGGCGGACUGAAGUAGAGAUGCAGGGGCUAGAGGAAGGCCUAGGGCGGAGGCGCAGCUCCCGGAUCACGGAGGAGACCAGUGGCAUGGAAGAGGAGGAGGAGGAGGAGAGUACAGCAGCUGUCCAUGGCCGGAGGGGUCGAAGAGAUGGAGAGGUUGAUGUCACAGCAUCUAGCAUCCCAGAGCUAGAACGCCAGAUAGAAAAACUCAGCAAGCGUCAGCUCUUCUUUCGAAAAAAGCUGCUUCACUCAUCCCAGAUGCUUCGGGCAUUUUCCUUGGGUCAGGACCGCUACAGACGCAACUACUGGGUGUUGCCCUAUUUGGCUGGUAUCUUUGUGGAAGGAACAGAGGGGAGCUUAGUUCCUGAGGAUAUGAUAAAGCAGGAAACUGACUCCUUAAAAGUGGCUUCCCACGCAGCACCCAGCCCCGCCCCCUUUUCUCUGAAGAGGGAAUUAGCUGGCUCCAGCACCUCUGCCAGUUCUCCUGCCCGGGCCCGAGGCCGACCUCGGAAAACCAAGCCUGAGUCUAUGCAACCUAGGCACCUUAAGUCUCCUGUCAGCUGUCAGGCCUCAGAAGAGCCCCAAGUCCAACUUCAGCCCGAGACUCAACCCUACCCUCCGCUUCAGGCUUAUGCCCAACCCCAGCUUCAGUCCCAGCCUGUAACCCAUAAUGGAUUCCUGGAGCCAGAAGGCUCGCUUUUGUCUCUGGGUCAGAGCCAGCAUGACCUCAGCCAGUCAGCCUUCCUGUCUUGGCUGAGCCAGACUCAGAGCCACGGCUCCCUGCUGAGCAGCUCAGUCCUCACACCUGAUAGCAGCCCUGGAAAACUGGACCCGACGCCAUCACAGCCUCUGGAGGAGCCAGAGCCUGAAGAGGCAGAAUCCAGCGCUGAGUCCCAAGCCCCCUGGUGUGACCUCUCGGCCCAGAUGCUCUGCAACGCUGCCCCCACCCCACCCCCUGCGGCUUCUGAGGACCAGUCCACGCCCUCCCCUCAGCCACCUGUCUCCUCCAAGCCAGUGAAUAGGCCCAGUGCGGCCAGCCCCUGUUCUCCAGUGCAGCGCUCUUCCACCCCCUUGCCUGGGGUGGCUCCUAAAAGGCGAACAGGAGACCCUGGCGAAACAUCACAGAGUCCCAAAGGGCUGGGACAGCCAAAACGGAGAGGGAGACCUCCCAGCAAGUUCUUCAAACAGAUGGAGCAGCGUUACCUAAACCAGCUGACAGCCCAGCCUGUUCCUCCUGAGAUGUGCUCAGGCUGGUGGUGGAUCCGAGAUCCUGAGACAUUGGAUGCCACGCUCAAGGCCCUGCACCCACGAGGCAUCCGAGAGAAGGCCCUUCACAAACACCUCAAUAAGCACAGGGACUUCUUGAAGGAAGUCUGCCUGCGGCCCUUAACUGAUUCCAUCUUUGAGCCCAGUCAGUUAUCUGCUUUUCAAGAAGGGGUUAUGAGCUGGUCCCCCAAAGAGAAGACGUAUGAGACAGACCUGGCUGUGCUUCAGUGGGUAGAGGAGCUGGAACAGCGGGUCAUCCUGUCUGACCUGCAGAUUCGGGGCUGGGCAUGUCCUAGCCCAGACUCUGUUCGCGAAGACUUGGCCUACUGUGAGCACCUACCUGACUCCCAGGAGGAUAUCACCUGGAGAGGUCGAGGCAGGGAAGGACUCGCCCCCCAGCGUAAAACUACCAACCCUCUGGACCUGGCUGUGAUGCGACUGGCUGCCCUGGAGCAGAAUGUGGAGCGGCGGUACCUACGGGAGCCCCUCUGGCCAGCUCAUGAGGUUGUGCUAGAGAAGGCCCUGCUCAGCACACCCAGUGCUGCCCCUCAGUGCACCACUGCAGAGAUAUCAUAUGAGAUCACCCCUCGCAUUCGGACCUGGCGCCAGACACUGGAGCGGUGUCGGAGUGCAUCCCAGGUGUGCUUGUGCCUGGGCCAGCUGGAGAGGUCCAUUGCCUGGGAGAAGUCCGUCAACAAAGUGACCUGUCUAGUGUGCCGGAAAGGUGACAACGAUGAGUUUCUUCUGCUCUGUGAUGGGUGUGACCGUGGCUGCCACAUAUACUGCCAUCGGCCCAAGAUGGAAACUGUUCCAGAGGGAGAUUGGUUCUGUGCUGUCUGUUUGGCCCAGCAGGUAGAAGGAGAAUUCACUCAGAAGCCUGGCUUCCCAAAACGAGGCCAGAAGCGGAAAAGUACUUACGUGCUGAACUUCCCAGAGGGUGAUGGCCGCCAACGCCGUGUACUGUCGAGGGGCCGAGAAAGCCCAGCAGUGCCUCGGUACUCGGAGGAAGGGCUGUCACCAUCGAAGCGGCGUCGGCUCUCCAUGCGGAACCAUCACAGUGAUCUCACAUUUUGCGAGAUUAUCCUGAUGGAGAUGGAGUCCCAUGAUGCAGCCUGGCCUUUUCUGGAGCCUGUGAACCCACGUUUGGUGAGUGGGUACCGCCGCAUUAUCAAAAACCCUAUGGAUUUCUCCACCAUGCGGGAGCGGCUGCUCCGAGGAGGGUACACCAGCUCAGAGGAGUUUGCGGCUGAUGCGCUUCUGGUCUUUGACAACUGCCAGACCUUCAAUGAGGAUGACUCUGAAGUGGGAAAGGCUGGGCACAUCAUGCGACGCUUCUUUGAGAGCCGCUGGGAGGAGUUUUAUCAGGGAAAACAGGCCAAUCUGUGAGGCAAAGGUGGUGGGGAGUCACCUGUGGCAUCUCUCCGCACCUUCCAAACAAAAACCUGCCAUUCUCACCUGCUGAUGCUGCCCUGGGGCCCGACUCAAAUCUGAUAUAUACAUAUAUAUCUGCUAUUUGACUCUACCUUUGGCAGCACCCUAUCCUCUUAUCCCUACACCCCUUCUCCCUUUCCUCCUCUUGCUCCUCAAAUAAGAGGGGCAGAAAUGAGGUCCUUCUGGACUGAAAGCCAAAAAAAGAAAGAAAAAAAUAAUUUUCCUUUCUGUUUUAUUUCCUAAUUAAAAAUGAGGAGGAGGAAAGAAGUCCCUACUUCCUCCCCCAGAUCCCUCUCCUUCCCUGUACAUGCCCCAGCAUUCUGGGGCUGUUUAACAAUAGCAAUAGUUCUAGUGAAUGUGUGAAACCGAGAAACACUCUGUACUGUGUGUGGACCCGCAGUGACGGCCAGUAAAGUGGACUUAAUUCCCAAGUGUGUCGAGCCGGACACCGGGCCCUGAACAUGCUGCUUCCAUGUUCAGUCCCUCCCUUGCUUCUCACUUGCUCUCAGUUUUUCACCUUCCCUCCCCUUUCAGAUUUUCUGUCAUCCAAUAAUGUAAAACUAUCGUGUACGGGUUCCUUCAUUCUUUUCCAAAUCUUUUUUCCCUUCAGAGGAAAAACGAAGUUCAGAGGUCCCUGUCUUUCUGUCCUCAUCUUCUGCCAAUAGCUAUCCCCUCUCAUGUGUUGGGUACUCCUCACAUGCUGAGUUUCUAGCCUCUUCUGAAACUCAGUAGCUGGGAGAGGACAGGGAGGCACCCUGGACCCUGGGCCUUGCAGCCUCCUUCCCCACCUCUUACCCAAACCUCCCUCUUGGGAACUCCUCAGGGACAACUACUGCUGAGUUUGGGCGCACCCCAAGAUGGAGGCCAGGUAGCAACCUACUGGCCUGAGGUUGUGUGUGUGUGUGUGUGUGUGUGUGUGUGUGUGUGUGUAAGUGUGUAAGAGAGAACACUGUUAAUUGUGCCCCUGUAUUGUUUGAAGGCAUCCAUUCAAUUUCCUCAACUCUCUGUUUUUAGUCCCAUCUUUCCCAUUGUUCAAACCAUCAUAUUUUUGUCUUUGGGAAACCACAGGAACAGUUUUUCUGGGUACAAGGCUGUGGCUCUUCUCUCUCCCAGUCAUUUCUGUUCCAGCCUCUAAACUGUGCAAUCUUUCAACAGGAACUCCCUCUCCUUUCAGUAGCGUUGAGUCUUAGCUUUUGCAGGGAGAGGGGUAGAACUGGAUUUUUCCUAAUCCCAUGAGCUUCUGGGGGUUUAGUUGUGCUUUCCUUCCCUUAUCUACUUCCUACCCCAGGACCCUUCCCUGCAGCAGAGAACCUGGAGCACAAAGAGUAGGAGGAGGGGUUUUGGGUCCACCACUGCCCUGCAUGUGACCGUUCAAGUUAAGCCCCAACGUGUGAGAGGAAAGCUGCUAACUCCCAGCUAUAGCCAUGGGGCCCAGCCCCCUGCUUUCCUGCUCAGCAGAGCCCCUCCCAUCAGAAAUUACGGGUACUUGCACUGGGGAGGUGGCUGCUGGCUGGCCCAAGCAGAGAGCUAAGGCACCCAGGAAAUGUUCCAUUGGGGGAGGGUGCAGUGAGGUGGGGUAUUCCUUGUACUUCUGGCAGCACUGAAUAGCCACGGGGUGGGGGGCAGCGUAGGUCCUGGGGCAGCCCUUUCUUACUCCUUUAUGCCCCUUCUCCCCCAUAGCCUAUUUCUAAAGUCGCCUUUUCUGUCAGAUAAACCUCAAAACUUUUAAUUUUAUUCGAGAUUUUUUUUUUGCUUUUAAAUAAGAGGUGGAUUGAAGAAUAUUUGAAUUGACUUUAUAUUAUGCAUAAAUAUUUAUAUUUUAUCUAAAUAACUGCGCUGUAACAAACUUUGUGUUAGUCAAACGUUUGAAACUGUUAUAGUUGGGGCUCUUCUUUUCUCCCCAUGGCAGUUUUCCCCUGGUGUAAAAUGUCCUAAAGUAAUUUUAUUGUUGGAGGCAAGGUAGACAGGGGAGUGAAAUCUCAAUUGUUCCUACUUUGUGUUCCUCUCCCAGCUCCAUCUCUUUCCCUAGGGACCAGGCACUCUUAAGGUGGGGUGGAGUCCCAGCCUCAGUUUGCAGUGUGGGGGCUGGGGGGGUGGUGGAGUAGGGCAUGAUCAAAGGGGCCAUUUCUCACUUUUCUUUCCUCCUCUUCACUGCCCCUUGAGCUAGGUGGAUUUUCUCUUGAUAAAUAAGAGUAUUUGGUAGGGAAGGCAGGUUAAAAAAAACACAAAAAACUCACUCCCUACUCCUUUGUUUCCCCUCCCCCAUCAGUCUGGUAACAGGAAGAAACCACACCAUCAACACCAACCAGUUUCCACGUUCCUUUUACAUCAAAAGGGACUUGACUUUUUAUAUAACCAAAUGUGGUGUUUUAGUGACUUUUUGAUAAUGUACAGUUUUUUGUGAAUUUAAAUUUAUUUCUUUCUAUAUUUUUAGGACCAACCUCAUUUUUAAUAAGGUUUAAAAAAAGAAAAAAAAGUCUAGAGAAAAAACUCCUGUUUUUGCCAUGUGAUGUUCCACAAGUGCAGCUGUAGAAAAGUGCUUGUCAGUUGAAUAAAAACCACAUUUGAUAGAGA